AUGUGUCAAACAACUGACAGCAGUCGCGCGUGCGGUACAUCAUGUUCGAAGUCGUGCCAGUCGUCAAAUGUCAUAAGUAUCGCUGCUAGCCGCCAGGGGUCCCGUGCGAUGAGGAACGAGAAGAUGAGGAACGGUUGUCCGGAACUGUUCGUGAACGUCGAUGAAAGCCUGCGCUGGCAGUGGCAUUUUGGCUACGGAAAAAAGAAAGACAAAUGUGAACCUAACACGCUAAAAACAACUAAACUAUUCCUGUGCGCUGUUGACGAACGACGUAGGAUCGGCGGCGAAUCGGACGGACACGCAAUCAGCAAGCUGCUCUCCACCACCAGAGCAGAACACUGGAGCACUCGACUCGACGCGGUGUCUGACCCAUUCGUUAAAGCGAUCGAUCGAGAGGGAGGGAGCGGGGGUGAGAGGUGGACGAGGGCGAGGUAG